AUGGAUGGCGGCCAGCCGCGUGCCCCGAAGCCGGCCAGCGGCCCGGUGAAGCACAGCGCACACGAGACGCCACCCGUGCCCACACCACCCGUUGGCAAGGCUGGAUCGCCAGCGCAGCACACCAGCCAAAGUGCUCUCGACACAAAAGCGCCGACCUCGACCGACCAGUCUCAACCGGGCAGCUCACCCGCUACCGUGGGGAACAAUGCCCAGCGCAUUAUCAAACGCCGUUCGCCUGUUGCCUGCCGCAGAUGCCGUCGAAUGCGCAGCAAAUGCGUGCACAAUGGCGCCAAACCGCCCUGCGAAGGUUGCCGCGCAGCCGGUGUGAGCGUAGAAGAAUGUGUUUUUCCCGCACGUGGCGCGCCGGAUAUGGAUCGCGAGUAUCGUCACCCGCGCAUGAAGGGCGACAAGGCCCGGAAGGAAAGCACUCGCACACACCGAGCCCAGUUGGCAGGCGGCACGAUAUCCUCCUCACCUCCGGGAGGCGGCAGCAGAUUGAUUUACCCUAAUGGAACGAUUACAAUUGAAGGGGGUGUGCCUCUACCUGCCGAUCCAUGGGAUCUCUUACCGCCACUGGAGAAUGUCAUUGACGCCGUCGACAUGUUCACGCGCCAGUACUUCCAGCUUGGCUUCAUCCCACGCCAUACGUUUGUGCAGCAAUUGCGCGAGCAGCCCCAAUCUGUCAGCGUGUUUCUGCUAUUGAGCUUGCUCAGUGUCUCAGCGCGCAUGACACCUUCGUUGGUCGAGACUCAUGGCGGCGCCGGCCCCACGGCCGAGCUCUUCAUGGACCGCGCGUCAGCUAUUGCCCUCACAGAGCUGUACCAAGAACCGACCCUGGCGCGGUGUCAGGCGUUCUACCUGCUCAGCCUGGCUCAACAGGGCAGCGGCUACCGCAACCGAAGUUUCGUCAACCUGGGCAUUGCCUUGCGUAUGGCCAUCCUAAUGCAACUGCACCGUGAGGAGACGUAUGCGCUCGACGACCGAACACCGGCGAUGAUACAAAAGGCCGAAUCUGCCCGUCGAACCUUGUGGAUGCUUUACAGCCAAGACAAUUUGCAUGCCGGCCCAAUGGCUACCAUAGCACUUGCCCCAAGCGAUAUCACCACCUUAUUGCCCAGCAACGAGGAGGAUUUCAAUAAUGGUGUUUUGCCUGCAUCCCGCGCUGCACUUGAAGACACCUCACCAGCAAAACUAGAGUCCGACUUGGUGAAUAUGCCGACGAGGUCUCUCUUUGCUACACUGAUGCAGAGCCACCAGCUAUGGGGCAUCGUGUUGCGCCGUACAGUUAGCAACAACCGAAGCAUGGUGUUGCCCUGGGAUCCCAAUAGCGAGUACCAAAAAAUCAAACAGAAGCUCAGCGAUUGGGAAAGCCGUUUGCCGGCAGAGCACCGCUGGAGCCGUACGUUGUUGCGAGAUUACAAGGCCCGGGAUCUGGACUUGCUAGCCCGACAACUCGGCGUCGACAGCCCGCACGCGCGGUCGGCCAGCCCCUCUGCAGGCGGCAACAUAAGCAAUGGCUCUGGCGGCGGUGCGAACGGCACGGGCCAUGGCUCGAUUCAAUUGCCGCACUUCCGACCAGAUGCCUCGCUGAUUAAUUCACCCAUGCGGCUCCCUCCACCACAGCCGUCGCCCAACCUCGUCACGAAUACGGCAUCCGCAGCAGCGCACUUUGCGACUGCGCCGUCCACACUACCAUCGACACUGGUGCUUCCACCGCCAGCACCACACAACCUCCAGUUGGGAGGCGGGGGCAUGCGGACGCCAACGUCAUUUGCCCAGGGGCAAAGUACACCGAAUAUGCAACACCAAAAUCACCAGCAUCAUCAGCAAUCACCAUCCCACCAGGGUGCCGAGAUCAUGUCUCCGAACGGCAAUGCAAUUGCCAGCAUGGCCAAUCCACUAGCGGCGGUGCAGUCGGGUGUCGCGUCGACGCUGCCCCAGCUCCCUUCAAUGCCUCAAGCCUCCCAUGCACACCCGGAUGGUCACAGCAACAAUUUUAUGAUGCAGAGAUACGACAAGGCCUCCACAAACACGUCGGAAGAGGCAGAAGCAGCCGCCGUUUUAGCUGGCGGCAUGGUAUCCCACGGCGUUGUGGGCUAUGGUGCCAGCCAACUGCACCAGCAGCAGCAGCAGCUACCACCGCAGCAUGACAAUCCUUACGUUACGCAACACCUCUCUGAGCAGGGUCACGGCGUUCAUACGGACCCUCUCAGCGUCAACGACAUGUCUAUGAUGACGCAAAUGCCGUCGGUCGGGUUUUACGAGCAGACGAUGAUCCCCGAGUUGCCCGACGAUGGCUUCCAGGGCGAGCUGCAAUACUUUACGCAGGGGCCGGGGCUGCAAGCGGGCUCGACGUGGGCUACGAAUAGUGUUUUUGGAUUUUAG